GUUGCUGUCUCUCUCCAAACUCCCUGUUUCCUACUCAACGGACCUGACCAUUUCAUUUCUUUCCCUUUUCCCUUCCCUGAAAAAAUUCUCUCAACUCCUGGGACAAGAAGUUUCUCAACCGCCAGAGGGCCAAAGUUAGAUCUCUGUAACUUUUUGUCCCCCCCAGCUUUCCUCCACUGUGGGACCAGACAUCAAGCUCUUUAACUCGGCGAGGACGCGGAGCAAACCAUGCCCUCCGACUUUCUGACGCCUUUCCUAGAACUGGAUGAGGAGUUCUUCAAGAAUUUCCGUGGCCUGGAGGCGACAGAUGGCUCGUCAAUCGACUUGGAGCCGCAACGGCAGCAGCACAGCCAGAGAGUCCUGGGCUUCCAGCGUCGCCAUUCUCUGUGCCCCGUGACCCUCCCCAACUCCAAGUUCAACAACACCAACAGCAGCAGCAGCUCCGAGAUGACCGACACAGCCCGCUGGGGGCUCAGCGUUGCCUCCAGUCAGGGCUGGAGCGGGGAGAGUCAGCUUCCCCGCUCCACGCUCAGCCACAUACCCUUCAGGGUCGACCGCUCUGUCAGCAUGAUCGAGGGCAACGGAUCUGGGGACAAAAUGGCUAACUUGUCCCCAAAGCUGCUGCUCCCCCCUCCGGGCUUCUCCCUCAGCAGCGCCUCCCUCACCUCCAUUGCCUCCCCCUCUGCCUCUAGAUCACCAGCCCCCUCGCCCCACAUCUCCACCCGGUACAAGACUGAACUCUGCCGCACCUUCGAGGAGAGCGGGACCUGCAAGUACGGCGCCAAGUGCCAGUUCGCCCACGGCUACGACGAGCUGAGGGGCCUCAGCCGGCACCCCAAGUACAAGACGGAGCCAUGCCGCACUUUCCACACGAUAGGCUUCUGCCCCUACGGGGCCCGCUGCCACUUCGUACACAACGCCGACGAGAUCCUAGAAGGCAAUGGCGGUGCACCUCCACAGAGGCAGAAGUUGAGGCCUCCUCUGCUGCGCCACAGCUUCAGCUUCGCAGGGUUCUCCUCCUCACCGCAGACUUUCCAACCAGUUGAGGAGUCGCAGCCUUCCUCCCUCCUCUUCACCCGGGCCUCCUCUGUCUCCCCUCCUCCGUCCUCCACGGGGAGCCCCGAGCUUCUCUCCCCUCUCUUCCCCGAGCCGGGGGCCCUGAAGCAUUGUCCCUACCCUUUCUCCAGAAUCCCAGAACUGGCUGGCGACAGCGGAGAUUCAUCCCUGCGGUUCUACGCUGUGACCGAUUCUGUCGGCACCAGGUGUCCCGGCUCCGCUUUCGCCCCCAAAAACCCAAACCUCACUUACCACCUCCCUCAACAGCUGCCGGUCUCCCUGAACUGCCUCCCAGGCCUUCAGCGCUGCUCUUCGGCGGACUCCCUCUCCGAGGAGGGCUACACCUCCUCCUGCUCCCUCAGCUCUUCCUCCAGUGGCACAGAGUCGCCAAGCUUCGAGGGCCGCCGCCUGCCCAUCUUCAGCCGGCUGUCUGUCACAGACGAGUAGGGAAGGGUUUUACUGUAAGGCUGGAUUUAAUUGCAGGGGUAGAUGGUCUAUUUGUUAAGUCGAUGUGACAAGUAUCUGAAGUCAGGUUUUGUGUCCAGUCCAAAAACAACAAAGACACAUGUGCAAAAACAUUAGGUACCCAGCUCCUCCCUUAAUCCAGCCGGGUAAACGUACCUAACUUUGUGCAUAUUGCAUUUCUCAUCCAAGCAGUUGUAGCGCUGCUCAGUGUUCGUCCAGUUUUAGCUGACUUCUUUUUUGUUUUUCUUUCUUUUCUUAUUUUUAUAAAGUUGUUCUUUUAUGCCAUUGUUACUGCUGUAUACUGUUGUAUACCCAUUUUGAGAGAAUACUUUGAGGGUACUUCACAUAGCUCGGCAUUAUGGCCCAUGUGCUAUUCCUUAUAAUGUGGGUAAAUUCUGUGUGAGAACUUUGCUGUACCCUGAUUUAAGAAGGAUGCUGUUUUCCCUAUGUAUGACUGGUGUGCUAUCCACUUUUUUUUAAUAGAGCAAUGUUUUUUUAACAGAUCUUAUUUUUACUCCCUACAGUUUAUAGUGACUCCAGUCUGCAGCACUUCUCCAAUCAUAUUAGGGCUCUCCAUCUGUGUGAAACCAACCCUCUAUAACUGUAUGCUGACACUGAUUGAUUGAUUAAUUGAUUGGUUGUAUGGCCGUGGCCACAAGAUUGUAUUUGUCAGUCAUUUUUACUGCCUGGCAAGGAUUCAGCUUAACUGCCUUAUAGAAUACAAAAAGUGUAGGCAACCCACUGGCUCUCUCUAGUUACCAAAGUUGAUGUUAGAGUUCCCCCUAACCUACCAGUACUGUUAACGCCUAGCCUAGCCUUUAACCACAACAGGUACAACACAGUGUUAUGAUUACUCCUGUUAUAGCUUAAAACUUUUGUAGACUUAUUUAUUGCCUUUAUGUAUGAUUUGUUGAGUUGCUUUGUGGUUGUGUUUAUUCAUUGUUUUUUAUAUAAUACAAGAUAAAUUAUGCUUUACUUAUGCAUUCAUGAUCUUCAUCUGCUUGGGUUUUUACACUAUCCAGUAGCUUUAAGAAGGCUCACGGGGAGGAGAGGGAAAAGGAGGAAGAAAAAUAUUUUUGGCAUUCUAUAUGUACGUUUGUUGCCUUAUUGGCUUAUAGGCCUGGCAGAAAUCAGGACUCGCUGAGUUCUCACAUCGAAAGCAGUGCCACAAGUUGGUCAGAGGUUUUUCUGUCAUCGGGUUCGGGCCCUAAAUCUGCAGCGCCCUCCAUUGGUAGCAUGAUCAAUACUGCCUGCUGUCGUUGUGAGCAUCCAGCAAGUCUACUCUCCUCUCCAUGAAGCCUCACAUCUCUGACUGUAAUAACCUUUUUGUAAAGCCCUGUUCUCUAAAUACAAAGCAAAACGGAGGAGAAAGGGGUUCCCAUUCAUGGCACCAGCUUGAGUCAGCAGUGGUAGAUAAAAAAAAUGAUUUUCAUCUACCCACCUGGCCCAAAGACAUAUUAGAAAUUAGUUAGAAAAGAGUGUUUGUAUUCCAUCAUACUUGUUUGAUUUAUCAGGACUGCUGUAUUGCUGCGUUUCAGUCGACGCGAGUGGAAAUCCCUGUGCGCCUAUCUUCUUAUCUUGUGAUGUUAACAGGUUACCUUUGUGUAAUAGUUGAUUUUUUUAUCUAUCGGAGUUGCCUUGAUGACAAUGUGUUUGUAGGUGGACCCCUGUUGCACGCUAGCUAGCUAGCUAACUCUCCGAGCGGCGGGUAAAAUCAAGCGAGUUCAAAUGAAACCAGGCAAGAUCUUUAUGCUUGUUUUUUCAUCGUGAAGUCAACUCAAUCCGCCCCGAGGAGUCCGGAGACGCAUUCUUGUUGCUGUAGCUUAAUGUUAGCUUGACCAGGCAGCAAGCCAUUUUUUGUAACUUUUGUUAACUUAAAGUCCUAUUUAUUUUUUGUUUUUCAAAGCGAAAUUGUGGUAUUUGAUAUGGUGCUUUUUUAGUUUUACAUAAUUUAAGUGCAUUUAUUGUUUACAUUCCAUGGGUUAUGUUGAUAUCCUAGCUCUUUAUCUUAAUAUAUUU